AUGGCUGGAAUGAUGAGCCCUGUUAGUCAUAUAGUUAUGGGUCCUGGAGAAGCUCCACGACUGUAUCGUGGUUGGUAUCUAGGAGGCUUUGAGGUCCUUGGCUCAGAAGCCUCUGCACGACCUCCUCCAUAUGCGUAUCGCUCCAAAUCUGGGACGUUGAGGUCUGUGAAGGAUCUCGGGGUGCCCAUCAUAGUCGUCGGGGAAAGGCAGGUGGCGGAUGCCAUAAGCUGGGAUGAUCUGCUGGAGGCGUCAGACCGCGCGGGUCCGAGCGAGGUAGAAGAGAAGGUGACGCAGGGAGAUCUGUGCGCCCUUCCAUACUCGUCGGGCACGACGGGGUUGUCCAAGGGGGUGAUGCUCACCCACCGGAACCUGGUGGCCAACCUCUGCUCCUCCCUCUUCAGCGUGGGACCCGACAUGAUCGGCCAUGUCACCAUGCUCGGCCUCAUGCCCUUCUUCCACAUCUACGGGAUCACCGGCAUCUGCUGCGCCUCCCUCAGGAACAAAGGGAAGGUGGUGGUCAUGGACAGGUUCGAGCUCAGAGCCUUCCUCCACGCCCUCAUCGCCCACCAGGUGCAUUUUGUCCCCAUCGUGCCCGCCAUCAUGCUCGCCAUGGUCAAGAGCCCCAUCGUCGACGAGUUCGACCUCGGGACGCUCCAGCUCAGGACGGUCAUGACGGCUGCGGCGCCGCUCGCCCCGGAGCUGCUCGCCGCCUUCGAGGACAAGUUCCCGGGCGUCCAGGUUCAGGAGGCAUAUGGACUCACAGAGCAUAGCUGCAUUACCCUGACCCAUGGAGAUCCAAGGAAGGGGCACAGCAUCGCCAAGAAGAACUCCGUCGGAUUCAUUCUUCCCAACUUGGAGGUGAAAUUCGUCGACCCCAACACCGGCCGCUCCCUCCCCAAGAAUACUCCAGGUGAAGUCUGCGUCAGGAGCCAGUGCGUCAUGCAAGGUUACUACAAAAAUAGAGAAGAAACAGCGCGAACUGUAGACCGGGAAGGGUGGCUCCACACGGGUGACGUCGGCUACAUAGACGACGAUGGCGACGUCUUCAUCGUGGAUCGCAUCAAGGAGCUCAUCAAGUUCAAAGGGUUCCAGGUAGCCCCGGCAGAGUUAGAAGCCAUACUUCUCUCUCAUCCUUCAGUUGAUGAUGCAGCCGUCUUUGCGUUGCCCGACGAGGAAGCAGGGGAGAUUCCCGCAGCUUGUGUUGUGAUGUGCCCUCAUGCAAAAGAUAGUGAGGAAGCGAUUAUGAAGUAUGUGGCCUCUAAUGUUGCAACCUAUAAGAGGAUUCGAGUACUGCACUUUGUGGAUUCCAUCCCCAAGUCAGCCUCUGGGAAGAUCUUGAGGAGGCUCCUAAGAGAGAACGUGGCGAAGAAAUCAACAAGCCAAGAGAGCACUCCGAAUUCCGUGAAGGGCAUCCCACAAUAGGAAGAGAUGUCAAAGAGUCCUCUACACAAGGUUGAUGCGGUCCAUUUAGCUUCGUGGCUAACAUUUAAAUUAAUUGCUCUUUUUUUUUUUAAGAAAAGAAACUUCAGAUCUGCCACCGAUCAGAAUCGUUUUUUCUAAUAAGAGAGAACGCUAGUGCUCUCACUUCUAAA